AUGGCACAAAUAAACCCUUUACAAUAUCGUCCAAAUGCUUGCCCUUUAUGCUUAACUUGUUUAAUAUGCACGGAAGUAUAUGGCAAAAACUGUAUUUGUCCUCCUAAGGAACUGAAAUGGCAACGAAAGAGCAGUGAAUAUAAAAUUGAUUUCCGUCACAAGUCACUUGAUAUGGUUGCAGCCAGAAAACAAAAGAUAAAGUUAGACAAUGUAUUUGUCGAUUGGUUUUAUAGCAAUAUUUCACCAGACUUGGAAAUAUCAGAGGAUCAACAUGAUGCAAACGUUUGCAGAAAAUGUAUUAAUAAAUUUGAUUAUUACAAAAAAACAUUGAAUCAACCAAGGAAAAUUAAAUCUAGAUCGGAUUUGGGUAGUGAAAAAAUAAUAAUUGAUUUAGAUAUUAAUGAAGAUACCGUUGGUGACAUUUGUACCAUUGAUCUUACUAAACAGCUUCCAUUAAAAACAUUAUCAUCACAAGAUCUUAAUAUACCUGAA